AUGGCCUCGCCCUCGCCGGCGAAUAGUCCCAUGCCGCCACCGCAGGCACCCAGCCCGAUGGCACCGCCCUCACAGAGUCCGGCCCCCUCGCCACACAGUCCGUACCCGCACCAGCAGCCGGGGCCACCGCAAGGGCCACCGCCUGGAGCACCACCCCACAUGCAAGGGCCCCCGCCACCGGGCCACCCAGCCGCAUACGGACAUCCGAUGCAGCAUGGACCACCGGGUCAGGGACCACCUCCACAUCAUAUGCCGCCACAUCAUCAGGGAAUGAUUUUCUCAAAAGGUCCGCACAUGGGUAUGCAGAUGCCGCCGUCGGGACCUAAUAUGUCCCCCCUCGGAUAUCAGACACACGGAAUGCCUCCCAAUGCACCAGGCACACAACCCUGCAUUGUAUCUCCUGGUGGACCUCCGGGUGGACCACCGCCGCCAGAGCGUUCCAGUCAGGAGAAUUUGCACGCACUGCAGCGUGCCAUCGAUUCGAUGGAGGAGAAGGGACUGCAGGAGGAUCCGCGCUACUCGCAGCUGCUGGCCAUGCGUGCCACCUCGAAGCAUCAGCAUUUGAAUGGCAAUCAGGUCAAUUUGUUGCGCACACAGAUCACUGCCUAUCGGAUGCUGGCGCGGAAUAAGCCCAUAUCCAUGCAUAUGCAGCAGGCGCUGCAGGCGGCCCAGCAGCAACCGCCGCCAGGGCCACCGAUUGGGCCACCGGGUGCUCCGGGAGGACCACCGCCGGGGCCACAGCAGCAGCAGCAGCAUCCCGGCCAGCCGCCAGUUCCACCUCAGCAGCAACAACAGCAGCAGCAGACGCCGCCAGUGACGGGAACGCCGCCGCAAUGCUCCACACCGCCUGCCACUAUUCCGUACGGGCAGCCAGUGCCCGGCCAGAAACUGCAGGCGGCUCCUCCACCGCCGCACAUGCAACAGGGACAGCCACUGCCGCCACAACCUCCGGUUGUUGGAGGACCACCGCCCCAGCAGCCGCCGCCUCCGCAACAGCCGCCACCUCAGCAGCAACAGCAGCAGCCACCGCCGGAGCAACUGCAGCAUCAGCUACCGAACGGAGGCAAGCCCUUGUCCAUGGGACCAGCUGGCGGUCAGCCACUGAUACCCCCAUCUCCCAUGCAGCAGCAGCAACAGCAGCCACAGGUGAGGAGUGCUCCACCUGGCAUGCCGCCAGGUGCACAGGUGCCUCAGCCAGGAGGCCCACCGCGACCGGGAGCCCCGCCCGGCCAGCAUCAGCCGAUGCCCAAGCCCAAUCGUGUGACGACUGUGGCCAAGCCGGUGGGUCUGGACCCCAUCACGUUGCUGCAGGAGCGGGAGAACCGCAUUGCGGCCAGAAUCUCCCUACGAAUGCAGGAGCUGCAGCGUCUGCCCGCCACCAUGUCCGACGAUUUGCGCAUUCAGGCAGCCAUCGAGCUGAGAGCGCUACGAGUGCUCAACUUUCAGAGGCAGUUGCGCAUGGAGUUUGUGCAGUGCACCAGGCGAGACACCACCCUGGAGACGGCGCUCAACAUCAAGUUCUACAAGCGGACCAAGCGGCAGGGUCUGCGGGAGGCGCGUGCCACGGAGAAGCUGGAAAAGCAACAGAAGCUGGAGGCUGAACGUAAGCGCAGGCAGAAGCAUCUGGAGUUCUUGGCUGCGGUGCUGCAGCAUGGCAAGGAUCUGAGGGAGUACCACAGGAACAAUAAGGCUCAGCUGGCGAGGAUGAACAAGUCGGUGAUGAAUUACCAUGCGAAUGCCGAGCGUGAGCAGAAGAAGGAACAGGAGCGCAUUGAGAAGGAGCGUAUGCGGCGCCUGAUGGCCGAGGAUGAGGAGGGUUACCGCAAGCUGAUUGAUCAGAAGAAGGACAAGCGUCUGGCCUUCCUUUUGUCCCAGACGGACGAGUACAUCAGCAAUCUCACGCAGAUGGUGAAGCAGCACAAGGAUGAUCAGAUGAAGAAGAAGGAGGAGGAGGGCAAACGGCUGCAGCUGUACAAGAAGGAGCUGCUGAUGAGCGGCGAGUACAUUGGCAUCGAUGAGAGCAGCAUUGUGGCCGAUAUGCGGGUGAAUGUCAUCGAACCGUGCACGGGCAAAAAGCUAACCGGCGAUGAUGCCCCGAUGCUGAAGCAUUUGUAUCGCUGGCUCAGCAUGCAUCCUGGCUGGGAUUGGAUAGACGAUGAUGAUGAUGGCAGCGGCAUUGGUGGUUCCAUGGGCACCAUCAAUGAAGACCACAAGCCAAAGCUGGAGGAGCAGCCGCCACAGUCAGCCGAAGAUGUCACCGACAAGUCAGCGGCGCCACCGCAACCGGGCGAUGAUGGUCCCAAGGAUCUGAUGACGCAGGCCAAGGUGGAGGACGAUGAAUACAAGACGGAGGAGCAGACAUACUACAGCAUUGCGCACACCAUACACGAGAAGGUGUACGAGCAGGCGGCCAUUAUGGUCAACGGACAGCUGAAGGAGUACCAGAUCAAGGGUCUCGAGUGGCUCGUUUCGCUCUACAACAACAACCUGAACGGCAUUCUGGCCGAUGAGAUGGGUCUGGGCAAGACCAUUCAGACGAUUUCGCUUGUCACGUAUCUGAUGGACCGCAAGAAGGUGAUGGGCCCCUUCCUGAUCAUCGUGCCGCUGUCCACGCUGCCCAAUUGGGUGCUCGAGUUCGAGAAGUGGGCACCCGCCGUCAGCGUGGUCAGCUACAAAGGCAGCCCCCAGGGACGCAGGCUGCUGCAGAACCAGAUGCGCGCCACCAAGUUCAAUGUGCUACUGACCACAUACGAGUACGUGAUCAAGGACAAGGCGGUGCUGGCGAAGAUUCAGUGGAAGUACAUGAUCAUCGACGAGGGUCAUCGCAUGAAGAAUCAUCACUGCAAGCUCACCCAGGUGCUGAACACCCACUACAUUGCCCCGUAUCGGCUGCUGCUCACGGGCACACCGCUGCAGAAUAAACUGCCCGAAUUGUGGGCACUGCUCAACUUCCUGCUGCCCUCGAUCUUCAAGUCGUGCUCCACCUUUGAGCAGUGGUUCAAUGCCCCCUUUGCCACCACAGGCGAGAAGGUUGAACUGAACGAGGAGGAGACCAUUUUGAUCAUUCGACGUCUGCACAAGGUGCUGCGCCCCUUCCUGUUGCGUCGCCUCAAAAAGGAGGUGGAACACCAGCUGCCCGACAAGGUCGAGUACAUCAUCAAGUGCGACAUGUCGGCGCUGCAGCGUGUCCUCUACAAGCACAUGCAGAGCAAGGGAGUCCUGCUCACCGAUGGCUCCGAAAAGGGCAAGCACGGCAAGGGCGGGGCCAAGGCUCUGAUGAACACCAUUGUACAGCUGCGUAAGCUGUGCAAUCAUCCGUUCAUGUUCCAGGCCAUCGAGGAGAAGUAUUGCGACCACACAGGUGGCCAUGGCGUCGUCUCAGGUCCGGAUCUGUAUCGCGUUUCGGGCAAAUUCGAGUUGCUCGAUCGCAUCCUACCAAAGCUGAAGGCCACCAAUCACAGGGUGCUGCUCUUCUGUCAGAUGACCCAGUGCAUGACCAUCAUCGAGGAUUAUCUCAGCUGGCGCCAGUUUGGCUAUCUGCGACUGGACGGCACCACGAAGGCGGAGGAUCGUGGCGAACUGUUGCGCAAGUUCAAUGCCAAGGGAUCGGACAUCUUCGUCUUCUUGCUGUCCACACGCGCCGGUGGCCUGGGUCUUAAUUUGCAGACAGCCGACACGGUGGUGAUCUUUGAUUCCGAUUGGAAUCCCCAUCAGGAUCUGCAGGCCCAGGAUCGUGCCCAUCGUAUUGGGCAGCGCAAUGAGGUGCGUGUGCUGCGCCUCAUGACGGUCAAUUCGGUGGAGGAACGCAUUCUGGCCGCGGCCAGGUACAAGCUGAACAUGGACGAGAAGGUCAUUCAGGCGGGCAUGUUCGAUCAGAAGUCGACAGGCAGCGAGCGGCAGCAGUUCCUCCAGACGAUCCUGCAUCAGGACGACAACGAGGAAGAGGAGGAGAACGAGGUGCCCGACGACGAAAUGAUCAACAUGAUGAUUGCCCGCAGCGAGGAGGAGAUUGAGAUCUUCAAGCGCAUGGACAUUGAUCGCAAGAAGGAGGACGAUGAAAUCCAUCCGGGCAGGGAGCGUCUCAUCGACGAGUCCGAGCUGCCCGACUGGCUGACCAAGGACGAUGAGGAAGUCGAACGCUUCCACUAUCAAUACGACGAGGACACCAUUCUGGGUCGAGGCUCGCGACAGCGCAAGGAAGUGGACUACACGGACAGUCUCACCGAGAAGGAGUGGCUAAAGGCUAUCGACGAGGGCGCUGAAUUCGAGGAGGAGGAGGAAGAGGACGACUCCAAGCGCAAGCGUCGCAAGCGCAAAAAUCGCAAGGAGGAAUCCGACGACGAUUCUCUCAUUCUCAAGCGUCGUCGGCGCCAGAAUCUGGACAAGCGCGCCAAGAAGCAGAUGCACAAGAUCAUGAAUGCAGUCAUCAAGGUCACCCAGGAUGGGCGCACGCUCUCCGAGCCGUUUAUGAAGCUGCCCUCGCGUCAGCGGUUGCCCGACUACUACGACAUCAUCAAGCGGCCAGUAGACAUAAAGAAGAUUCUGCAGCGCAUCGAGGACUGCAAGUACGCGGAUCUCAAUGAGUUGGAGAAGGACUUUAUGCAGCUGUGCCAGAAUGCCCAGAUCUACAACGAGGAGGCCUCGCUCAUCUACCUGGACUCGAUUGCACUGCAGAAGAUAUUUGUGGGCGCCAGGCAAAAGGUGACGGCAGCCGCCGAUGCUGCUGCUGUGGCCUCCGGCGACAACACGGGCGAGGCGCACGGCAAUGGAGGAGGUGGCGGUGGCUCCGACAAUUCGGACAACGAUGACGAUGAUGGUGGGGACGAUGGCUCCGACGAUGAGGAGAUUGCAACUACAUCGGCGGCGGCAGUUAAAAUGAAGCUGAAACUGAACAAAUCUCUGGCCAGUGCCCCCUCAACGCCCACACAGCCAUCGACGAAUGUGAGCAGUGGUGCGGCCACAACAUCAAAGAAGCAAACACGCCGCAAGCGGGCACAGAAGAAGUACACCAUAUCGGACGACGAUGACGAUGACAUGGACUAGCUGCCGCUGGGUCUGAUCUUCAAGCGUUCGAGCGUGGUUCAAGCGUUCGAUGUGAGCAAUUUUUAGUUUAGUUAUUAGGUUCCGCGUCCGACCCACAGAAUUAUGGGUAUGACAACUGAUAGAGGAAGCUUGACUCUACCAGUUCUCACAUCCAUAUAUCUAUCUAUCGAUCUAUCUAUCUACCCUAUCCUAAAGUAAGCAAAACCCAGCCCAGGCGUUCAGUUUAAGUCUCCUUUUUGUCGCGUUUCAUUUAGUACCAAAAGUUCAUUCUCAAACAGCAGUACUAUAUACAUAUAUAUAAUUACUAUAAAUAAAUGCAUAACUAACAUA